GGUCAUUUGGUGCAGCUCAUGGAACUGCAGGAUCCCAAGAUGAACGGAGCCCUCCCUGCGGAUGCUCUGGGCUACAGGCAGGAACGGGAAGGCUUCCUGCCCAGCCAUCCUCCUGCUCCUGGGAGGAAGCCAGUCGAGUUCAUGGAUUUUGAGGGGAAGACGUCGUUUGGAAUGUCAGUGUUCAAUCUCAGCAACGCCAUCAUGGGCAGUGGCGUCCUGGGGCUGGCCUAUGCCAUGGCCCACACCGGGGUCAUCUUCUUCUUGGCCCUGCUGUUAUGCAUCGCACUUCUGUCUUCAUACUCCAUCCAUCUCCUGCUGACCUGUGCUGGUGUUGUAGGCAUCCGAGCCUAUGAACAGCUGGGACAGAGGGCGCUGGGGCCUGCAGGGAAGGUAGUGGUAGCGGCGGUCAUCUGUCUGCACAAUGUUGGGGCCAUGUCCAGUUACCUGUUCAUCAUCAAAUCCGAACUCCCCCUGGUUAUCGGCACCUUCUUGGACAUGGACCCCGAGGGGGGCUGGUUCUUGAAGGGAAACCUCCUCAUCAUCAUUGUCAGUGUGUUAAUCAUCCUGCCACUGGCCCUCAUGAGACACUUGGGCUACCUGGGGUAUACCAGUGGUCUCUCUUUGACCUGUAUGCUGUUUUUCCUCAUUUCGGUCAUCUACAAGAAGUUCCAGCUUGGCUGUGCUGUAGGUCUCAAUGAAACGGCAGUGGAGAGCAAGAGCCCCCCAGGCCUUCCCAUCCAGGGUCUCAACAGGAGCUGUGAGGCCCAGAUGUUCACUGUUGACUCCCAGAUGUUCUACACGGUGCCCAUCAUGGCUUUUGCCUUCGUCUGCCAUCCCGAGGUGCUCCCCAUCUACACAGAGCUCUGUCGGCCCUCCAAGCACAGAAUGCAAGCGGUGGCCAAUGUGUCCAUUGGGGCCAUGUUCUGCAUGUAUGGGCUCACGGCGACCUUCGGAUACCUCACCUUCUACAAUAGCGUGGAGGCGGAGAUGCUGCACAUGUACAGCCAGCAAGACCUGCUCAUCCUCUGUGUGCGCCUGGCGGUACUGCUUGCGGUGACUCUCACUGUGCCGGUCGUGCUGUUCCCUAUCCGCCGGGCCCUACAGCAGCUGCUCUUCCCAAGCAGGGACUUCAGCUGGCCACGACAUGUGGCCAUAGCCCUGAUCCUGCUUGUCUUGGUCAAUGUUCUUGUCAUUUGCGUGCCGACCAUCCGGGAUAUCUUUGGGGUUAUUGGGUCCACCUCGGCCCCCAGCCUCAUCUUCAUCCUGCCUAGCAUCUUCUACCUCCGCAUCGUGCCAUCUGAAGUGGAGCCCCUCUGCUCCUGGCCCAAGAUCCAGGCUCUGUGUUUUGGUCUCCUGGGGGUCCUCUUCAUGGCAAUCAGUCUAGGCUUUAUGUUUGCCAACUGGGCCACGGGCCAGAGCCAUGUGUCUGGACACUGACCUUGCCCUGCUCCACCCUGGGCCCCUGUGCGCAUGCUCCCAUGUAUGUGGAGGACGAUGGGGCCGCUCUCCAGGGUCCCUCAAGUCUGGCUCAUGGAGGUGGCUGGUUCCCAUUAACAGGGCUCUUGGAGGUGGUGGGGGCCACGGAGGUUGCAGAGUGGUCCGCUUCCUUCCUCCCCAGGGAUGCUGAGCUCGGAUCAUGGCCCUAAACCCAACCCAACCCCAGGGGGAGGAGGAGACUGGGUCCUUGGGGGCAUCCCUGCCCCACCCUGCCCAGUCCUUUCUGCCUCUCCUGGCAGAAGCUGUUUGUCAGGAUCACCCUCAAGCUAAAGGGGAAGAAUAAAGAUGCUGAAUUGCAA